GACACGGAAGCCGGACGAGUUUCCGCGCAGGUCGAGCAGCAGAGGAAGAAGGACGUGCACUUUGCCCACCCGCCGGUGCACAGGCCCAACUACAUCAAACUCGGGGCCAGGUGGCCCUUUGGACCAGAUUACGCGGACGUUUUGCGCCGGUGUGUUCCGGGCAUCAGUGCGGAGUCGGCCGAGGGCUUUUUCGUGCUCAGAGCAGAGCAGAAGCUUUGCUGGCUGAGGGACAUUUGUCAAAGUCAAACAAGGACCCCGUUUGAUUUUUGGCGAGAUGACGAGGAGAACCGGGGUGAUGAUGUUUUUCAAAUCAAGCUGGGGAAUGAGCAACUUUUGCAGUUUGCGAGAAAUUCUCUGGUUUGGGUGCAUCUCUUGUGCGAGUUUGGAGGGAAACCCGUGGAUUCUGCCAUGAUUUGCGCGCCCAACAAAGAAGACCUGGACCUUCAAGACUUUCGAAACUUGUGCCUCAAGGAACCCGCGCAUCCGGAUCCGCAUGAAUCGACUCGUCGCAGUCUGCGAGCCGAACACCGCCGUCUGUUGGAAUCCCAGCAC